AUGGACAUGGCCGGGUACAGCAGGUGGGACGGCAGCCUGGAGGAGGUCCCCGGAGGGCACUGGGGACGCUGGGGACAGAGACCCCUCCUCCUGGCCCUGGCUCUCUUGGUGGUCACAAUCCUCUGGGCCCUCGUUCUGAGCGUCCUGUUUUCCAAGGCCUCCACAGAGCGCAGGGCGCUGCUUGGCCAGCAGGAUCUGCUGAGGACAAACUCCUCGAAGCAGACGGCGGUGCUGGGUGUCCUGAAGGAGGAGGUCCGAGCCUGCAAUAGCUGCUGCCUGGGGACUCAGGCGCAGCUGCAGACCGUGCACACCAAGCUUAGAGAGGCACAGUCGAAGCUGAUCCAGCAGGAGAGCGCCCUGAAAGAACUGAGCGAGCGCGUGACCCAGAGCUUGGCUGAAGCCGGUAGGGACCGUGAGAACAUCCGCACUGAGCUCUUCCGGGCGCUGGAAGGAGUCCGGCUCGGGAACAGCUCCUGCGAGGAGUGCCCCAAGUCGUGGCUGCCAUUCCAGGGCUCCUGUUACCUUUUCUCCACCCAACGGGCCACGUGGGUGGAGGCGCAGCGCCACUGCGAGGGCGCCAGAGCGCACCUGGUGAUUGUCGGGGGCCUGGAUGAGCAGGUCUUCCUAAGUCGGAACACUGGUGGCCGCGGUUACUGGCUGGGCCUGAGGGCCGUGCGCAGGGCGCGCAGGAUCCAGGGCUACCAGUGGGUGGACGGAGUCCCGCUCAGCUUCAGCCACUGGAAUCAGGGGGAGCCCAACGACUCGCUGGGGCGCGAGGACUGCAUCAUGAUUCUCCGCACGGGGAUGUGGAACGACGCACCGUGCGACAACAGGGACGACAGCUGGAUCUGUGAGAAGAGGCUCAGCUGCUGACCUCCCCCAGUGCCCCAGAGUCACGCCCACUGGCACUUGUCCAAUCGCCUGAGCCGCUCACCGUCCUGGCUCCGCCCACCUCCAUUAAUUUCCCACCCCACCCACAGCGUAGGCCAGUAACUGCACUCUGAGACCUCCGCUCCAGCCUCACUGCAACCCCUCA